CCGGCCGCCAUGACAAGAAAGAAAGUGAAGCUGGCGUUCAUCACUAACGACUCCGCCCGGAAAGCCACUUUCAAGAAGCGGAAGAAGGGUUUGAUGAAGAAGGUGAGCGAGCUGAGCACGCUCUGCGGGAUUGAUGCCUGCGCCGUUGUCUACAGCCCCUAUGACUCCCAGCCGGAGGUCUGGCCCGAUGGCCGCGGCGCGCACCGCGUUCUGGCGCAGUUUAAGCGCAUGCCAGAGAUGGAGCAGAGCAAGAAGAUGGUCAACCAGGAGUCGUUCAUCCGCCACCGCAUCUCCAAGGCGGCGGACCAGCUGAAGAAGCUCCACAAGGAUAACCGGGAGAAGGAGAUCACUCAUCUCAUGUACCAGUGCUUGACUGGAAAGGGGCUUCAGGGGCUGGGCGCGGCGGAGUUGAAUGACAUGGGGUGGUUGCUUGAUCAGAACUUGAAGGAGAUUUAUAAGAGGAUUGAAGGGUUGAAGAAGAAGGCGGUGGAGGCGCCCGGGAACGGGGUGGAGGAGAAGCCGGCGCCACUGGUGCUGGAUGGGGGGAUGCAGAGGGCGGCUCCGCCGCAGCAGUGGUUUACGGAGUGUAUGGGGAAUCCGGGUGAUAAUCAGCAGGGGCUGGGAAGUUCGUUUGGGCAUGGCGGAGUAGGCGGCAGCGGCAGCGGCGGUGGCGGGGAGGAGAUGAUUUUGCCGUUCAGUGAUGGGAGUAAUAGUGCUGCCAUGUGGUCUAAUGUGUUCUUCCCAUGAGCACUUUCAUAAUUUGUGAUGAG